AUGGGCAAUACCUCGCCCACUCCCCGCGCCCUGCUUGUGGAGGCGCUUAUCUUUUGGAGUAUUGGUCUUGUCCUUUAUGGUGGUCGAAUGAUCUCUCGCAUGAUUGCGAAUGGAGGAAUUAAGCGGUUGUUUUGGGACGAUUAUGUUAUGUCCGCGACUUUUUGCAUAUACACGGCCAUGUUGGUAUUGAUUCAAAUAUCCUCGCGUUAUGCAACGAAUCUUAUGGACCCGAAAGACUACGAUACAGUCCUCGCCGAUCCGAAGCAAGUCAGCGACAGAGUUUAUGGAAGUAAAAUCGUUAUCGGUCUGGAACAGUGCAUGCUUAUCUCGACUUGGGGGGGUGAAGACAUGCAUGUUGAUACUAUUCUCGCUGGCUAUGUGAUUCUGGGAUUUGUCGUUAUCAUGGUCACCUACUACGCUGUCUACUGUCGACCGUUUCAACAGUACUGGGCGAUGCCAGUGGAUAAUAUGCAAUGCGCCACCUACCAGAAAUACUCCAUUACGCAAGCAGUCUUCAACAUCUCCUCAGACGCCGUGCUGUUUGCGAUCCCGAUCCCGCUUCUCAUCAAGGCUCAACUCAAGCGUACACGCAAGUUCCUCCUGAUAGGAGUCAUGAGCCUGGGUCUAUUCACGAUCAUUGCUGCGAUCCUCAACAAAUACUUCAAUUUCGCCUCUCCUCUCACAACAACAUACCAAAUCUGGUACAUCCGUGAAUCCAGCACCGCUAUCUAUGUCGCCAAUCUCAUGUGCUGGUGGCCCCUCCUUCGCAAACUACUUGGAUUGAAAGCAUUUUCCUACAACAGCAAAAACCGAGGCAGACCCGGACAAGGCGCUGACCAGAACAAAGAUAGUGGGUACUCUCAAGGCUCACGAUCGCGGCCAUCUUUCUCGCUUCCGUGCAAAAUGAAUUUCAUCCGACCAAAUUUCCGCAAAAAUGGAAAUCACCCUCCUCUGCCAGGGAACGGAGACACGCACCGAUCGAGUCAAGAAGCUAUUACUCAAGUUUCUAGCGAUUUCAUGGACGAACCUAAUCGGACGGACUCUUAUCCACUCGAUACAUGGGAUAGAAAAGGAAGCCGUGGAGACAUUGAGAAUCCCAGGCCUCCUACUCAAGAUUCAAUCGCGACAUUUGAAAACCCAAAUCCGAAAAAUCCCAGUCCAGGCCGAAUGAGACUGGACGUCUAA